CGCCUAGCAAGAAGCAGCAGCGGCGGAGGCGUCCGGGGAGCCUCCUCCUGCUGCAAUCUGCAUUCUGCCUUUGUCCUGCGCCCCGCCAUGGCCUCGGGGGCUCAUGCACAGGUAAGGGGGCAGAUGCCAGGCCUUGCAGCAGCAGCAGCCACAGCUGGAGAUGUCUUUCCCGGGGAGGGGGCGGCGCCCGCCUUUACUCUCCCCUUUCUGCGGGGAGAGAGAAGAGUCUCAAACUCCACCCGCUUGGAACGGAUCAGAGCCCUGGCGCUGCAGCAAGGGCGCCUCUGAGCACGUGCAGAGUGGCCCCACCCUCUUUCCCCGUGGGCUUGGGAGGCAGGAAAGGGUCCCUCUGCGCCCCCAACCCUAAAGCUUCACGAGGUAACAACCCGCUGAAUCUAAAUAGCAAUAAAGAGAGGCUUUAAAUGGGGAGUCGUCUUUUUGAUGCACUGGGAAUGGUUAUUUUCCCCCCGUCCACACACCUGCUCCGCGAAGGUGGGUCCAGAGGGAGGCGAGGGAUCUUUGGGAUCCCGCAUUUUCAGUGAGACUAUUCAGGAGGGCAGCGAGGAGGGUAUUUUUGGGGACCAGCUGCGGUUUAAAUCAGGGCUGGAAUAUGAUGGAGGCAGGCCAGCCCGCCCCCAAAGACAUGUCUGGCUCCUGGAAUGGGUUGGUCUAGCUUUCUAUUAGCCUGGUGCUUUCCUUCGCCAGACGUUUUGGACUACAAAUCCCAUCAGCCCCUGCCCACAUGAUGGUGUAGCUCAUGGGUAGGCAAACUAAGGCCCGGGGGCCGGAUCCGGCCCAAUCGCCUUCUAAAUCCAGACCGCAGACGGUCCGGGAAUCAGCGUGUUUUUACAUGAAUAGAAUGUGCCCUUUUAUUUAAAAUGCACCUCUGGGUUAUUUGUGGGGCAUAGGAAUUUGUUCAUUGCCCCCCCACAAGGUCUGAGGGAUAGUGCACAGGCCCCCUGCUGAAAAAGUUUGCUGAUCCCUGGUAGCUGAUGCGGGCGCGCCUGUGCUGGCUGGGGGCUGAUGGGAGUUGUAGUCCAAAGCAUCUGGAGGGCAGUAGGUUUGUUUAUUUAUUAAAAUAUUUGUAUGCUGCUAUUUCAUUAAAAUAAAAUCAAAGUGGUUCACAGUAGUACGUGCAAAGAAAUGGUAUAAUAGUGAAAAUCAGGCAUCAGUUAACUAUUACGAUGAUACGUAUUCUUAAUUGCCUGCAUGGGCCUGGAAGAAUAAAAAAGUUUUCAUCAGGUGUGUUUAAAGGUAGAAAGUUGGCCAAAAUAUUAUUUAUUUGUGUGCUGGGAUGGGGAGAAAGAUGUAACAGAGAGGAUGGUGAAAAAUGGGGAGUGGCAAGCUGAUGUCGAGCAUCUUGCACAUUUGCCCCUUGGAACUCGCUGCUACAGGAUGGUUGGGGACAGUGAUGAUAUACAUACAUAAUAAUUAUCCAUAUAUCAAGAGCAGAUCUGAUGUUGAGUUAGUCUGGCUGAGGACGACUGGCUUGCCAUGGCAGCCUGACACCAGGUGGUAGAGCACAAUGUUCCUUCCCUUUGGCUCCCAAGAGAGUUUUCUUUGACGGAGGGUUUACCUAUGCUUGAGCAAUGUAGCCAUUUUAAAUGCCAGUAAGGAAACGGGUAAUGAAGAAGUGAGAGCAGAGUUAAAGGUAAAGGGUAAAGGGACCCCUGACCAUUAGGUCCAGUGGUGACCAACUCUGGGGUUGUGGCGCUCAUCUCGCUUUAUUGGCCAAGGGAGCUGGCGUUUGUCCACAGACAGCUUCUGGGUCUUGUGGGCAGCAUGACUAAGCCACUUCUGGUGAACCAGAGCAGCGCACAGAAACGCCGUUUACCUUCCUGCCACAGUGGUACCUAUUUAUCUACUUGCACUGGUGUGCCUUCGAACUGCUAGGUUGGCAGAAACAGGGACCGAGCAACGGGAGCUCACCCCGUCACGGGGAUUCAAACCGCCGACCUUCUGAUCAGCAAGUCCUAGGCUCUGUGGUUUAACCCACAGCGUCACCCGCAUCCCUGAGAACAGAGUUAGGCCUGAACAAAAAUGUUAAUGUGGGUCACAUUAGAGGUACUGGAGAACAGAAGGUAAGAUAAGAAAUAAGAACAUUAUUAUCAUAUCACUAUGUUAUUAAGAUGAUAAAGCAUCUCAAAGAUGAUUGAAACCAAGCCUUAUGAGACAUGAUGGUAGGCAUCUUUAAAUAUCUGAAGGGCUGUCCCAUGGCAGAGGGAACAAGCUUGUUUUCUCCUGCUCAGGAGGGUAGGACUCCAAUCAAUGCCUUUCAGUUACAAGAAAAGAGAGUCCAACUAAUAUAUCAGGAAUAACUUUCUGACAACAAGAGCUGUUCAACAGUGGAACGGACUUCAUUGAAGGUUUUGAAACAUAGGUUAGGUUACCAUCUGUUGUGGAUUCCUUAGCUGUGAUUUCUGAUUUGCAGAGGGUUGGACUAGAUGACCCCUGGGGUACCUUCGAACUCUACAAUUCAAUGAUUCUAUGACAUCUUUGGAGAGACUUACGAGAGUGAAAAUGUUACAGUCUACUAUGCUAUGUACCUAAAUGCUCCCCUGGAACUCACUGGGACCGUUCUUGACCUUCAUGUUAUGUUUUGCUGAGAUUGUUAAUUGUUCUUUCAAAAAAUGUAAUAAAAACAUUUAUAAAAGCAAACACACCAUACGAAUCAAUAUGGCGAACCUGAUCCAAGACAUCCACCCACCCCACUCACACAUGAAAACAAAGACCACCACAGCCAACCACAAAUGAAUAACCACAGCCUAGUAUACGUAUAAUAGAAACAUCACUACCUGACCCCACCCCCACUCAUCUCCCCACCCUUUACCCCUUUUCUUCCUAAUGUCUCAACAAAUGAAACCGAUUUGUAAAAAAAAAAGUUACAUGGGGAAAAAAAUACGAGAGAGAGACAUUGCACAUACCUUUGUGAAUCAAUAAAAUCUUUAAUAAAAAUACAUUAAAAAUAAAAUAAAAACAAACACACAAACUUCAGUGGGUGAUCCUGAAGCAGGAAGCCCUUCUUAUUCUUAUUCUUCGAGGCACCUUCCUAUCCUACCCAGCUGCUGCUCAGACCAAUGUAAGAAAGCGCAUCUAAGACUUUGCCCAAGCAAACCCACAAUCUGCAGUUCAGAUCACACGCUGCCCUGAGACGGGUUGCGUUUCGGUGUGGGGUCCCUGAUGAGAGAGAUGCCAUUCAGCACCUGCCCCCCCGAUGACUGUGCCACUUUAUUCUAGAUGAGCGCUGGCCCCUCAAUCUGUGGGAAAGAGGCACACUUCCCUGAACACCAGUGCUAUUGUUGUUUUGAGUGGAUCCUCUGCCCCUGAAAUGGAAGCAGCUGAUUGGAGGAAGGCAGCAAGCUGUUAAGUAACGCAGGAAGCUGUAUCUCACCAGACUAUAGAACCAUCUAGCACGGUGUUCCCUGACUGGCAGCAGCUGUCCGGGGUCUCAGGCAGGGAGGGUCUCCUUUACAUGAGAACAUGUUGUUGUUUAGUCGUGUCCGACUCUUCGUGAUGCCCUGGACCAGAGCACGCCAGGCACUCCUGUCUUCCACUGCCUCCCGCAGUUUGGUCAUGCUGGUAGCUUCGAGAACACUGUCCAACCAUCUCGUCCUCUGUCGUCCCCUUCUCCUUGUGCCCUCCAUCUUUCCCAACAUCAGGGUCUUUUCCAGGGAGUCUUCUCUUCUCCUGAGGUGGCCAAAGUCCUGGAGCCUCAGCUUCCGGAUCUGUCCUUCCAGUGAGCACUCAGGGCUGAUUUCCUUCAGAAUGGAGAGGUUUGAUCUUCUUGCAGUCCAUGGGACUCUCAAGAGUCUCCUCCAGCACCAGAAUUCAACGUAAGGAGAGCCAGUGUGGUGUAGUGGUUAAGAGCGGUGGACUCGUAAUCUGGUGAACCGGGUUAGAUUCCCUGCUCCUCCACAUGCGGCUGCUGGGUGACCUUGGGCUAGUCACACUUCUCUGAAGUCUCUCAGCCCCACUCACCUCACAGAGUGUUUCUUGUAGCCGAGGAAGGAUAAGGAGAUUGUUAGCCGCUUUGAGACUCAUUAGGGUAGUGAUAAAGCGGGAUAUCAAAUCCAAACUCUUCUUCUUCUUCUUCUUCUUCUUCUUCUGCUGUAUGAGGCCAGUCGCACAUCUCUAGUCCAGCAUCCUGUUCUUGCAGCGGCCAAACAGAAGCCCCAGUAGGACCUGAGCACAAGAGCAGUCUGUCCCCCUGUGGUUUCCCACAACUAGCAUUGCUACCUGACCCCAGGUGCAUGGAGAAGCCCUCCUUCCUUUUCUGUCCUGAAGCUUUCUUGGAUGGCCUUGUUGAGUUCUAGUAUUCCAAGAACAUAAGAAGAGAUGCCUGUGGAAGUGAGCAAGCAGAGUUCAAGCGCAAGAGCAGCGUGGCUUCCAUAGUUCUACCUAUUCUGAGAGGGGAUUUUUUAUGUUCUCUUCCACAUUAAAAAAAUAUAUUUAUUUUGCCCAUAAAAUUUUCUUUUCCACUUUGUUUGAUUAGAAUAUAUGUAUGAGAUUGUAUAGGAAAAAUAGGGAAUAACAGAUACAGAUUUGCUUAAAAUGUAUAUAGGAAGUGCAGUGUAAGCGAUGGAAGUCAAUCAAUGAAAUUUUAUUAUUGAGAUAUUUGUAGAAUAAAUUUGGAAGAAAUUCUCCCAGUUUUUCUUCUUCUUCCAAUUUUUCUUCUUAUUUUUUCUUUUUUUCCUUUUUGUUCUUUUUUAUAUAUGUGUGCUUAUCUGAAAAAUAUAUGUAUGUAUGUAUUUGCAGUAUUUUGCUUGUAUUUUGUAAUAAUUAUGUUAAAUAAAAUUUAAUACAUUUAUUUUUAAAAAAAUAUAUAUAUAUUUUAAAAAAUUAACCACUUUGCAGAUAGGAAAGUAGGACACCAGGGCAAGAAUGUUGUCUCUGGUGUGAUGGUUGCUGCAGGGAUGUGCAGGUUUUGUUUCCCGCUCCUCUAUGGGUAUCCUUAAAAAAAAAAAAAACCCCUUCCUCCACUUGCUUGAGGCACCAUUCCACCUCCUCAUGGUAUGAAAUGUGUUACGCCAGCCUUUGCAUUUAUAUCUCACCUUUUCCUCCAAGGAGCUCAAGGUGGUUUACAUGGUUCUUCCCGCUCCCUAUAGAAUCCUAGAAGAGCAGACUUGGAAGGGAACACGGUGGUCAUCUAGUCCUACCCCCUGCAACGCAAGAAUCUUUUGCUCAACCUGGGGCUCGAACCCACAACCCUGAGUCCCAUGCUUUACAACAUAUCCCCACAACAACGCUGAGAGGUAGGUUAGGUUGUGUGUGAGUGACUGGCCCAAGGUCACCCAGUGAGCUUCGUGGCUAAAUGGAGAUUUGAACCCAGGUCCCAGUCCUACACACUCUUAACUACUACACCAGACUGCAUCAAUGUUCAGUAGGUGAGGACUGUAUGGGAGCAGACAGCAACUGGUGCUUCUAGAACAAUACUGGUGGGUUGGGAGAUCUGAGCACCCUAGUGCAUUGCCGUUAUUGAUCAUGCAAAUAGAAUGAGUUUGCAUAUGGAAACGGUUAUAUACUGCCUUUUGACACCUGGAUAGCACGCAGGUGUAUUAUUAUUAUUAUUAUUAUUAUUAUUAUUAUUAUUAUUGACUGCAGCUUGAACAGAGAAAUUUUGCAUUGCCAUUAUGUCUUUUCUAAUAAUGCCUUGGACUAAUAAUAAGGGCAGUCUGGGAUAAUGACACCCCAUCCUCCAUCCAGCUAUAAAAAUCUGGGACAAAUAUAGAUUAAAACAAAGUCCUGCAACCUCCUGACAAUCAUCUAAGCCACCCUGAGCAAUUAAAUUGGAAUGGGGAACUAGGUAAUUAUGCCAUCUGCCGAAAAGCACAGCUUAUUGAGAAUAUGUGAUCAUAUAUGCGGUGGAGGGGGCAGUAGGAGAGCUCCCCCCUCUUAUAAAUGGUUGCAGUCACAGUGUUUGCUGGAUAUUCAACAAUUGCAGCAGCGUAAUACCCCCGGGGAGAGCCUGUAAAUCUGGAAGCCCUUCCUGAAUGGUUAAAGUAGCACCAAACUCCGCAUUUAAAAGUCGACCGUAAUAUGUCCGCUGGAGAAAAUGGAGGGCUUUAAUUACAGAAGGUUUUGUGCGCGCAUGAGAUUGGAGGAGAGAUUAUGGAGAGAGCUCCAUCCUUUCCUUGGUAAAUAAUAUUCCGCCUCUGCUGACUUGAAGUAAAGCAGUUUCUCUGUUGAUGGCACCUUUAAAUUUGGAAGGUAUACUGUUGAUCAGAUCAGUGUUGGAAACAUGGAAGAGGGUUUCGUGGCCCCUUUGCUGGAGCUAUGGGAGGAUGGAAAUACUUCACUGGGAUUCUGCUUCCAAUAUCAUCCAUAGCACCUCAUGAAGCAUUGCCAAUGUCUCCAUCCUCUAGUUCUGCUAUAAGAAAGGAAGGGUUUUUAAAAAAUGGAAAGGCAAUUGGAUAUUUAAUUUCACAACAAAUUAGGAGGGGGAGUCCUUCUUUGUUUUUGUUUUUGCUUUUAUUAUGCAUUUUGUGUUCUUACUUUGUAUUUUAGUGUUGUGAACUGCCCUGUCAUCUUCAGAUGAAGGGCAGUAUACAAAUAAAUAAGCAAAUGAAGCACAAUGGAAACCAUCAGGACUUCUUGACAACCAAGAAACAGGUUUUUAAGGAUUUGGUGUCCUGUGGAGUUGGAUGCUUAGACUAACUGCAAGCCAUGUUUUGUUCUAGGGUGGAGUUCAUGGUUCUGAUCUCUUAACCAGUUACAGGUUUGAAUUGCAAGUGCUGGCAGUUCAGAUACAGGUUUGAAUUGCAAGUGCUUUCUGGGGAAAGAAGGUGUAAGGCUUCAAAGGAUGGUCUGCUGUCUAAUAGGAGCAGCUCACAGAUGUGUAGAGUUGGAAGGGAUCCCAAGGCUCAUCUGGUCCAACCCCUGCAGUCAAAAUGUGCACCUCCGGCCAUACUCUGUGGCUCUGUUUUAUCUAUGGAUGCCUUUCCUUCUUUCCAGCCCAUCCAUCUUCCAUCCUCCUCUCUUGGCUGGCCCUUCCCAGGAAACACAGAGAGAGCCCUCAAUUCAUAAGAGCUAGAAUCACAGAAUUGCAGACUUGGAAGGGACCCCAAGAGUCAUCCAGCUCAACCCCCUGCAGUGCAGGAUGAGGCCUGUGAGGGCUGUCGUCAUCACACCCACUAGCAGAGGGAACCGUCCAGAUCUCCAUCCCAGGUUCCCUUUCUCAUUGCCGCAGGUGAUGUUUGAAGACGUGGCCGUCUAUUUCUCCUCGGCGGAGUGGGCGGAGCUAGCAGAAUGGCAGAAGGACCUCUACCGGGCCGUGAUGGUGGACAACUAUGAAGCGGUUACCUCUCUGGGUAAGGAUCUCAUUCCCUGCUUGGGUGUCCUUUGAUGUUCCUGAGAGCCUGGAGACAGCAGAUAAAUGAUCCUGGCAUAGAGAUGUUGGGGUUUGCAGUGGGGACAGGAUCUCUUUGUUGAACUGAUGUGGGGGCUGAUGUAAGAUUUUGCAAUCUGCAAACUGUAGACCAAGCACCAGUCCGAAACUUUUUGUUUGACUUUAGACCAGCGUUUCACCAACUUGGUUCCUGCAUAAGAGCAUCAGAUGGCUGCCAGAUGAGGCCAAAGAGAGCACAUCUUGUCUGCUAUCAGAUUCUCAUGGUGGCUGAGCCAGAUGCCUGAGUGGGAAGCCUGCAUGCAGGACCAGAUUGCAACAGCAGCAACCCUCCCCAUUUGCCAUUUUAUUUUAUUGUAUUUCUAUUCUGCUUUUUUCCUCCCAAGUUGCUCAAGGUGGCCUACGUGGUUCUCCCCCUCCUCCUUGAAUUCCCACAACAAUGCUGAGAGGUAGGUUAAGCUGAGAGGCCGUGACUGGUCCGAGGUCACCCUGUGAACUUCUUGGCUGAGUGGGGAUUUGAACCCUUGUCUCCCAGGUCCUAGUCCAGGGGACAGUAAGGUUUCCCCUGAACAUGUCCCCAGAUGCUGUGGAUACAGCUGGUUCCCUCACUUGACAGUCCAUCCAGGAGGAGGCUGCUGGAUAGCCUUCUGUAGGUAUCCUGGCAUGGUAUACAAGAACUGAUAAGCAACCUGGUACCUAGAAAGGAAUGCUAGAGGGAUGCUCUUAUUUAUAAUCUUAGGUUGCUAGUAUGAUUUGUGGGAAUGUUCAGGAUGGCAGGAGAGGGUAUAUUGUUUAUUAAUAUCCUUCCUAACUUGCGUUAGCAAGUUUCUUUACUUAGCAGAGUGCAUUCGCCUUUACACAGCAGAAAACUAGUUGCAAACUCGUGUGAGUUUCUUAAGACAAUGCACAAUUCAAUCUGGCCUGUCCUCAUUGUGUUCUAAUAUUUUCCUGGUAAGACCCCUUGAAUCCCUUCCAAAAGAAUAAAGACACCACAGUCUUAUUCAUGUGUAAGACAUAGCUUAGCAGGUCUCGUGUAAAUCCAGCAGAGUUGAAAUAGAGUAUUUAAUAGAUGACAAAUUGGAUGAUGAAAAGGAUGUGGAUUAUGCAGAGUAGUAGAAAAGCAAAAGGAACCAGGAAAAGUGUGGAAGGGAAGUCAUAUGGUAUAUGCAGAUAUUCUGUACAGUGGUGCCUCGCAAGACGAAAAGAAUCCGUUCCGCGAGUCUCUUUGUCUUGCGGGUUUUUUCGUCUUGCGAAGCAAGCCCAUUAGCGGAUUAGCGCUACAGUAUUAUCGGCUUAGCGAGCUUAGCGGAUCAGCUGAUAAGCGGCUUAGCGAUCAGCUGUUAAGCGGCUUAACGGAUCAGCUGAUAAGCGGCUUAGCGAUCAGCUGUUAAGCGGCUUAGCGGAUCAGCUGAUAAGCGGCUUAGUGGCUUAACGGAUCAGCUGUUAAGCGGCUUAGCCGAUCAGCUGAUAAGUGGCUUAGCGAUCAGCUGAUAAGCGGCUUAGCGGCUUGGGAAAAAGGUGGGGAAAAGGAAAAAAACCCCGCAGGAACUCGCAAGACAUUUUCGUCUUGCGAAGCAAGCCCAUAGGAAAUUCGUUUUGCGAAGCACCUCCGAAACGGAAAACCCUUUCGUCUAGCGGGUUUUCCUUCUUGCGAGGCAUUCGUCUUGCGGGCACCACUGUAUUUGGUAUGAAGUUGUAAGUGGGAUGGGGGCUAAAUAUGCUCUCUGUUUCUGUUUUUGGAAAUGCAAAUAAAAUUAUUAUUUUUUUAAAAAAUAGAGUGUUGGUCUGCAACCUGGGGGACCUGGGUUCGAAGCACGACUCAGCCGCAGCGCUCGCCAGGCGGCCUUGGGCCAUUCGCCGCCUCUCGGCCCGGCGUACCUUGCAGGCUUCUUGUUGUGGGGAGCAAGGGGGCUAGGUGCACCACCUGGAGAAAAGGAUGCUAUAUCCUUGCAAGAAAUGAAGGGGAAAUAAAGGUGCUGUCCUCUGCUCCCACGACAGGGCACCCGUCCGCCAAACCCGAGAUCAUCUGCAAAAUCGAGCGCGAAGAGGAGCCUUGCAUGGAGGAGCCCCUGGAGACCCCCAAAUGGAAGAGACCCCAGAGCCCAUGGCUGGGUGAGUUGGGGGUUUUGGGGGGGCGUGGGGGUCCUUGCAAAGAGGCCUUUCCUUGCCCCCCCCCCCGUAACUGGUCCUUACUGGUGUUGCGGUCGGGCCUACGUGGCGCUGGCCUCACAGAUAAUGCAAACUCUGACCGGCAGCAUCUCGGGAUGUGAACCAGGAUGGGGACCCGGGUUCAAAUCCCCUCCUCCAGCUCCCUAGCGCUGGAAUUGAGCCGGUCCCCGUCUCUCCUCCUGGCCUACCUCGCAGGGCUGCCCUCGCCAUGAGGCGGCCAUGUUUGUCACCCUGAGGGACAACUUGGGAUACGGACAUAACCAUAAGUACAAAGAUCAGUGUUUUUACCUCAAAGUUAUCCUGUAGUUUCACGUAGUAGACUCAUCCCGAUCCAUCCUGGAGGCAGACCCCCCAAACUCCUCCCAAACUCUUGAGGCGAUUCCGUCUUUUUCAGAUUAUUUCGAACCGAAACUCGUGUCCAAAUGCCUCCAACUCCCACCCUUCCUUUUGUGUAAAAAGCUUUGGGGCUUUUUUUCCAUCUUACGAUCCAGCGUAUAUAAAUUUUUAUGAAAUGAAGUAACUUCAAAUUCUCAUGGGGGAAAAAAAUCUCCUGAGGGAAUUAGGCAUUCUACAUUUAUUUGGCCUUCUGGAGGCUGUUGCCGUGGAAACGCUCCCCGGAAGGAAAAAAGGCGGGAAAACGCCUCAGCUAGAGGACCGCUCCUAUGUCUCCCAUUUUGUCCACAUCCCUGCCUAUUCUGAGGAGAAACUUCUCCACAGGAAGGAUCCCAGAUCCCCUUAGAUUCCUCACCCCUUAAGUCCCUGAGGGAGAUACAGAUAACCUGAAGGCCAGAGAGAAACCACAGAGGCUGUGGGACUGAGGGAGGAUUUUAAUUUUUCUUUUCCUCACAGAGGAAAGAUGGGGUCUGCCAAGCUGACCAGAGGCAAGGAGGCCAAAAUGGCUCCUGCCCCAGGGAGAGGAGACACUAGUCUAGUCAUCCUAGCGAUAAUGAUAGUAAUAUACUUAUUUGUACCCUGCCCAUCUGGGAGGCUUCCAGCGUAAAUAAAAACAUACACAGGGCUGCCUUCAGAUGUCUUCUAAAGGUUGAAUAGUCACUUAUCUCUGCAGGGUGGGUGCCACCACAACAUGCCGAAAAUUUCAAAUCAGUUUUCCAUAACCUUUCCCAGUCUGAAAGCUGAAUAUUAUGCCCCAAACCCCUUGCCCAGUGUAUCAUUACAGAUUUAACCUGUUCAUCCUUUGUAUGCCAUUCCAAAAGUAAUUAUUUUCUAACAAGCCUUUUUCAAAUCUUGAGGUCUCAUAGCUGAAACCUUUCUUUUUAUCUAUCUUAAAGAUAUCAUUUAGAUGGUGAAACUGUAGCCAGUCAGUUAAUCCCUUAUUUCUUCAAAAUCUUUUAAUUUCACCUGAUGUUCUACUUCAGUUAACAGCUCUCUAUGUGUUGCCCAAUUACUUCUCAUAUUUAGUUUUUUUUCAGAGCUAUCGCUUCCAGUGGGGAAAGCCACCAGGGCGUUUUCUGUUCCAGUAGCCGAUUCUUUUUUUAAAACACGAUUUUAUUAAAGCUUUUUUCAUAAUGUGGUAGUAAUAAUAAUAAUAAUAAUAAUAAUAAUAAUUUAUUUAUAUCCCGCCCUCCCCAGCCGAAGCCAGGCUCAGAGAGGCUAACAACAAUAAAAGUAACACAGCACUCUAAAAUCCAUUCAUUCUAAAAUCAAUUCAAAAUCAAAUUAAUGUCAAUCAUUGGGCUAGAGUUCUGUGAGGAUUACCAAAGGAGGGGGUCAGACUGUGCCCUGGCCAAAGGCCAGGCAGAAGAGCUCUGUCUUGCGGAAAGAUGUCAAGUCCCGCAGGGCCCUAAUCUCUUGGGACAGAGCGUUCCACCAGUUCGGGGCCACGGCCGAAAAAGCCCUGGCUCUAGUUGAGGCCAGCCUAACCUUCCUGUGGCCCGGGACCUCCAAGACGUUUUUAUUUGAAGACCGUAAAGCCCUCCGUGGGACAUACCAGGAGAGGCGGUCUCAUAGAUACGAGGGUCCUAGGCCAUAUAGGGCUUUAAAGGUUAAGACCAGCACCUUGAACCUGAUCCUGUACUCCACAGGGACCCAGUGCAGCUGGUAUAGCACUGGGUGAAUGUGAUCCCAUGGCAAGGACCCGUAAGAUCAAAUGAAGUUCUUCUCAGGGACUGAACGUGGGGUUUCUCCCUGAGUCAGUGAUGGCGAGACUCUCCCUUUCCCUUUCUUCCCCGCAGGAGAUGGGAUCAGGAUGGAAGACGAGGACGAAGGCAGAGGGGCAGUCCCUGUCCGGCGGUGCAAAAGGAAGAAGAUGGUCCACCCUUCCAGAACGGAGAAACCGGUGACCCGGGCGGCAAGCACACAGGACGAGGACGAGGGUCCCCCGAAGUCAACGCUGAAGACGAAGCCCCCUGAGUGCCCCGAGUGCGGCAAGAGCUUCCUGAGCAACGUGGCGAUGGUCAUCCACAUCCGGACGCACACCGGGGAGCGGCCCUUCAAGUGCCACCUGUGCCCCAAGGGCUUCCCUUCACGGGGGGACCUGAAACGGCACAUCAAGACCCACCUGCGCAAGAAGGAGGACCCCGCGGCCGGCGACGCCAGCCCCAAGGCGCGGAAGUGCCUGACGGCCAAGCUCCAGCUCCUGCGCCAGCUUGGGGCCACCCUGGGCCCCAGGAAGCCCCACACCUGCGCCCAGUGCGGAAAGAGCUUCAACAAGAAGCAGGACUUGCGCAAGCACCACGGGACCCACUCGAGCGAGCGGCCCUUCUCCUGCCCCGAGUGCGGGCGCAGCUUUCGUCUCAAGCAGAUCCUGGUGGCCCACAUGAAAGUGCACGUGGGGGAGCGGCCCUUCUCCUGCCAGCAGUGCGGGAAGCGCUUCAGCCAGAAGCACCACGUGGAGAGCCACCAGCGCGUCCACACGGGCGAGAAGCCCUUCUCGUGCACCACGUGCGGGAAGCGCUACUCGCAGAAGCAGCCGCUCAUCAGCCACCUCCGGGUGCACACCGGGGAGCGGCCCUACGCCUGCGCGGAGUGCGGGAAGACCUUCCGCAACCAGGCCACCCUGACCAUCCACAACCGGAUGCACACCGGCGAGCGCCCCUACCGCUGCCUGCUGUGCGGCAAGACCUGCAGCCAGCUGCAGCACCUUAAGAGCCACCAGAGGGUCCACCGCGGGGAGCAGCACCUCCUGCAGGCGGGCGACGCCAAGGCGCUGGCCCUCAAGAGGGCCCGCGAGGUGAAGGAGAAGCCCUACCCGUGCCCCAGGUGCGAGAAGCGCUUCCGGGACGAGGAGAUCAUGCAGACCCACCUGAGGACGCACGAGGAGAAGCUGGCAAAAUUUGGACUCCUUCCGAGCGGAGCCAGCCCUGGGGAAGGCCCUCCUCUUCCCGUUCAGCCCCCAAAGACCCUGCCAGAGUUUAAGUCCGUCGGCAGAGGGACGGGCAUGAGCAAGAAGCCUCCCUCUGCGCCACAGCCUGGCCCGGCAACUGGGAAGAGGGCCUUUGCAUGCUCCGAUUGCGGCAGGAAGUUCACCCAGGCAAAAUACCUCACCAUGCACCGGAGGAGCCACACAUGAGGGAAACCUGUUUGCGUUGGAAGGAAACCUGGUGGUGCAUUUUAAGGGUGCCUUUGUGAGCAAAGGCUUUCUUUGGAGCAACUAGCGUGUGGAAGCUGCACAGAAAUCUUCCUCUGGCCCAUACGAUGAGGUUGGGGGAGGUGGAGAACAAGGGGGCAAAGUAUGUUGCUAGCUUGAGCUGAAAUAGGUCCUGCAACAAAAGCAGUUAUAUUUCUUAUCUUCCACCCUCACCCCCUUAUUUUGAGUAUCUAGUCCAUGGAAGAUUUCUGUGUAACUUGCAAGCCUGUAUCAGUUGUCCUCAGCGAAGGGAUUGCUUCGAUUCCUUAUCCUGUGGAUUCAAAGGAACUGCAAUAACUUUGAACUCUUUGGAGCUCUGGAUCUAGUGAGACAGCAUGCAGCAUUCCUUUAGUCCUUGUUGCAAAGGCUUCUGGGUAGCUGUCCUACAUGGGAAAGAGAGAGAGAGAGAGAGAGAGAGAGAGACGUAAAACUCUCCUGCUGAACCUGUCAGAGUUGGAUUUGUCCAUGGAGCUGGCAGUAGGAACAGGAAUUCACUCCCUUAGGAUGUGGCUACAGUCACUAGGCAAAAUGGUGCUUUAAGAUGGAUCUCCCAAAAGCUUAUUGGGUAGAUUUUAUAGCUAAGGUUGGGAGCUCAGUAGGAGUAAAGGAAGCUGUCGUAUACAGAGUCAGACCGUCUGACUCAAUAAUGUCUGCCAGCCGUGCACCAGGGUUUCAAGCAGGGUGCAUUCUCAGUCAGAAAAUGACCCUGAGACAUGCUGUCCCUGAGCUAUGACCCUUCCCCAUCAUUCAGAAACAGUAUGCCACUCACUGCCAGCUGCAAGGGACAGGCAGAGGAGCAGAGGAGCCAACUCCUAGGGACCAAGGUCCCUUUGCCUCCCCCAAUACAAUAUUUGCAGGGCCCCGGCCCCCACAAAGUUGAUGAAUAUUAGCAUUCAAAUGGUGUGUGUGUGCUGCAUCAUGUGAUUGGUUAUGUGGGGCGGGGGUUACCUGCCCCCCAUAUGUUAUUCAAGUUGGCACCCCAGUGAUAAAGGUUGCUUCCACAACAGAGCCCUUUAGCACUGCUGAAUCAGCAGGAUGUGGAAUUAAGGCGGGUGAACCCGCCCAACACUUUAGCAUAGCAGUGUAUUCUCCUUGAGAAAUUUGGCAAUGCCAGCUCCCAUGGGCAACUGCCUAAAUAAUGUUUCCUCGGAAGCAAGUCCUCAAUUCAGUGUUAUAUUUAAGUCCUCGCCUGUGAGAGUUGCCUCUAGGUGAGUACAUGGGAUUACGACUUAAUGUGCAGCCAGGCUGGUGAAUGAGGGACAGCACAGAAAUGUGGCAGGUUGUUGAAGGACUUUACAUCCAACUGAGCUGCUCACCCAAGUGGUAAUCAGGCUACUAGCUUGUGUAGGCUUAUUUACAAGGCUGCCUGAAUUACAGAAUUUUAGAGUUGAAGGGACCCUGAGGAUCAUGUAGUCCAACUCCCUGCAAUGCAGGCAUAAGCAGCUGUCCCAUUUGGGGAUCGAACCUUUGACCUUGGUGUUCUCAGCACCAUUCUCUAACCCUGCUUUGUGAGGUAGGAUGAGUAUGGGCUUAAAUUACUGCUUUCCUCUUUUCAGGCACAGCAGUUGCUAAUUAAUGUAUGUUUUACUUCGCUAUUUUAAACAAAUAACAUUGAAAGCAUUAACGAAUAAUUGCUCUGGCUGCAAAAUAGAAAACCAGUAACUAAACCGCUGCUCCCUUGCAGGGGGACAGGAACUGAUUAAGAGCCACCACAGGAAUGCUAUACAAGUGUAUAGGUAGCAAACAGAAUGAAGUGGCAAAGAGGCUCCUUGAAAGAAAAGGGCAAGAAGGAGACAACCAAUGAAAGGGAGACAUGUCUCUGGUGCAUUGCCAGUCGACACUGGACAGCCUUGCUCUCCUUUUUCAUUUUAAGACCAAAACAUUGCCACAGAUCAGGACUGAAAAUUGAUGGGAGGAGAACACAGGUCCUUUGAAAUGCAGUGGUUCGGCAGUGAUUAGGGUUGGGAAAUAUCUGGUUUUCAACAUUGUACACUCUCCUAACGUUCUUAAAAUUCCAGUACAGUAGUUAAAUAGGUUGUUUGAUAGCUAAAAAAAAACCCUCUCCUUUUAAAAAAGACACUGUAGUUGAUUAGCUUUUAAAGUUCCAUUUGGGAGUUGAUCAUUUGCAUGCUUGUCGAAGAGGGACGUUCCUGGAUUUUUAAUCUGCGAUUCUAUAAAACCCAUCCGGCAGCUGCUUUGCUGUGGAGUUGUGAUCAAAUAUCUGAGCUGGCUGUGGUCUGUGUUAUCCAAAGAAUUAUUGGGUUGGAAUUGGCAAGAUUGCUGGACACAAAUUAAACCCAAGUUUGCACAAAGCUGUCUACAGUAUUUGCUGUGGGGUGACCUUACUGCAAAUCAAAAGGGUUUGCAGUGAAAUCCUGUGCAUGUUUAUACGGGGGCAAAUCCCACUGAGUUCUAUGGGGACUUUGUGCUUCUAUGGGAUUAUAGCCUAUUUUGAGGUUGUUGGGGUUUUUUUUUAUUAAAAUGUGAUCAUCUGUAUCCCCCAAGUGAACUUGCAUAGAUAUGUAUAAAACAGGAUGGUAAUUUUUGUGAAUUACUAAUUUCUGUGUGCUUUUGCCUUCUUAAUUUAACAGGGUGAAUUAAUCCCCACUUUAAUGGGGAACCACCAUUUCAAUUUGUUGUACACGGAACACACAUGGUAGCAAGGGGAGGAUGAUAAUUCCUUUUCUCAAGUGCACUUAAAAGGCUGAUUUGGUUCUGGUUGACAAUACUGCUUAUUUUGGACCAAUCUGGAGCCUUCCAGCUGUUUUUAGUACAAAUCCCAUCAGUGGGAGGAUAUCUGCAGGACCACACCUUGCAAUCUGUGCCUCCUGUGACCACCCCUUCCCACUUAUGUGAAUGAAAUAGCAAUUGUCAGAGCAGGAGCAGCCUAGCUGAAGUCAUCUGGAGAGGAACAGUUUGGGAUUCUUCCUUAUUAUCCACAUCAGUGGUCAAGAGAACUGAAGUAUAAACUAUUAGUUAUUACAAGUCUCUUAAUCUAUUCUAAUAAAGCAGUAAAUGAAACGAUGAACUUCCUCCCUAACAAAGUUGGGGUUACAGAAGAUCUCCCUUAGUCAUACAGUACUUUCUUCUUGCAAAAGUAUUCAAAUUAAUUCUGCCCAAGUUCUGCUAGGCAAAUUUCUCCAUCAUCCAC